GGUGGAGGGAAGAGGAGGAAGACUGUUUUUGGGGAUUGCUAACUAUAUACGCUAUCUAUUCUUGGAUAUAAUAUAGUGAAUUGAAGCUGAAGACAAGAAAAGAAGAAUCUGGCUUUAGCUUCUCUUUUUGACUUCAACCAUGCCUCGUCGAGAAACCAACCCUCACUUUUCUAGACCACUGCAACCUCAGCAUGAAGAUCAGCAGCAAAAUGUAUCUCAUCAUCACCAACCUCAAUUUCCAUUGUCACCCCAUCAUGAAGAUCGCGUUCCAUUGCGCCCACGUCAUGAUGAUCGUUUUCCAUUUCAACUUGAGCAAGAAGAUCAUCACCAACCACCUAGUUUACAGGUUCCACACAAGGAAAAUCGCAGCCAACCACAGCGUCGAGAAACCAACCCUCACAUUUCUAGGCCACCCCGACCUCGACAUGAAGAUCAGCAGCAACAACCUAUUCCAAAAGUGCCACACCAACACUACCGCGGCCAACCAUCUACUCCCGUACCAGCACCUAUACAAGAUGUAUCUCUUCAUCACCAACCUCAUUUUCCAUUGUCUCCCCAUCACGAAGAUCAUGUUCCAUUGCAUGCAAAUCGUGAUGAUCAUUUUCCAUUGCAACUGGAGCAAGAAGAUCACCAUCAAUCACCUAGUUUACAAGCUCCACGCAAGGGAAGCCGCAGCCAACCACAUCGUGGAGGUUCGCGUAAAAAGCAUCAAGAUCACGAUUUUCGACCAAGCAAGUCAAGGGUAAAUUUUCAAGAGCCAUCAGUACUACCACCACGACUUGAUCAAUCUCCCGAGGCUCGGAGACCGCUGCCAUCACACCAAGAUCGGCGUCACAGUGGUAUAAGGUUUCCUAAAGAACAAAAGUCACAACCCAUAACUUGGAUGGGUGCUUGCUUGUGUGUAAUAUUUUGGCUUAUCAUAAUCAUCGGAGGCUUAAUAGUCCUAAUAGUGUACUUGGUUUUUCGUCCACAAAUUCCUCAUUUUGAUGUCUCUAGCAUCACCUUAAAUGCUGCAUAUCUUGAUGUUGGUUAUCUACUCAAUGCUGAUGUAACUAUGCUGACAAACUUCACAAAUCCAAACAAGAAAGUGCAUGUGGAUUUCAGCUCAGUGAUAAUUUAUCUGUACUAUGGAAGUACCCUUAUUGCUACUCAAUACGUCGAGCCUUUCUCAGCUGCACGAGUUCAAUCAAGAUUUGCAUAUAUUCAUAUGGUAACAAGUCAAGUUCAGCUGCCGCUACGAGAAGCUCAGAGGCUCACGAAACAAAUGGAAAGCAAUGGUGUUUUGCUUGAAGUGAGGGGAGUUUUCAGGGCAAGAUCAAAACUAGGAGCUAUCUUAAGGUAUUCAUAUAACCUUUAUGGCCUUUGCAAUAUCUUGGUGGCACGCCCUCCUGAAGGGAUAUUGAUCAAAAAGAAGUGUAGAACAAAACGAUGAUUUGGCAACACAGAUUUUGUAACAUUGGUAUUCUUUUUUUGUCCUUUGGGGGGUUUUGGUUUUACUAUUUUGACUAUUCUUCCUUUAAAUUAUAUAUUAAGGGGUUAACGUUUAUAUUUUAAUUCUUGAACAUGUAGUUUAUCUUAAAACUACAAAUUUGUAUCUCAAUUUUUUCUGCACUAGAAUAAUCAGAUAUUGUUACAUUUAUUAAUAA